AUGGCGGCGGGAGGUGGGGGCGAUUUACAGCUGAAGAGGCGAAAGCGCCGGGACUUGGAGGAACCGGAAAGAUCAGAACUCAGUGAAAGGGAAUUGGCAGUGUCUGUGGCCCAAGAGAACGAUGAAGAGAAUGAAGAACGCUGGGUUGGGCCUUUACCUGUGGAGGCAACACUGGCCAAGAAAAGGAAAGUUCUAGAGUUUGAAAGAGUUUAUCUUGACAAUCUUCCCAGUGCAUCCAUGUAUGAGCGCAGUUACAUGCAUAGAGAUGUUAUUACCCAUGUGGUCUGCACCAAGACAGAUUUUAUUAUUACUGCCAGUCAUGAUGGACAUGUUAAGUUCUGGAAAAAAAUAGAAGAGGGAAUUGAAUUUGUUAAACAUUUUCGUAGCCACCUGGGAGUUAUUGAGAGUAUCGCAGUUAGCUCUGAGGGAGCUUUACUCUGUUCUGUGGGUGAUGACAAAGCAAUGAAGGUGUUUGAUGUAGUGAACUUUGACAUGAUCAAUAUGCUGAAGCUUGGCUAUUUUCCUGGACAGUGUGAGUGGAUCUACUGCCCAGGGGAUGCUAUAUCAUCAGUUGCUGCUUCUGAAAAGAGUACUGGAAAGAUUUUUGUUUAUGAUGGUCGAGGAGAUAACCAGCCACUUCACGUUUUUGACAAACUUCAUACAUCGCCUCUUACUCAGAUACGGUUAAACCCAGUUUACAAAGCUGUAGUGUCUUCUGACAAAUCUGGAAUGAUUGAAUACUGGACUGGGCCUCCUUAUGAAUAUAAAUUCCCCAAAAAUGUGAACUGGGAAUAUAAAACUGACACAGAUUUAUAUGAAUUUGCAAAGUGCAAGGCUUAUCCAACUAGCAUAUGUUUCUCACCUGAUGGGAAGAAAAUAGCCACUAUUGGUUCUGAUAGGAAAGUUAGAAUUUUCAGGUUUUUAACUGGAAAACUCAUGAGAGUCUUUGAUGAAUCACUCAGUAUGUUUACUGAGCUGCAGCAGAUGAGGCAGCAGUUACCAGACAUGGAAUUUGGCCGGCGAAUGGCUGUAGAACGUGAAUUGGAGAAGGUAGAUGCAGUAAGAUUAAUUAAUAUAGUUUUUGACGAAACUGGACACUUCGUGCUAUAUGGAACAAUGCUGGGCAUUAAAGUCAUAAAUGUAGAAACAAACCGGUGUGUGCGGAUUUUAGGCAAACAGGAGAAUAUUAGAGUGAUGCAAUUGGCUUUGUUCCAGGGAAUUGCCAAAAAACAUCGUGCUGCAACUACUAUAGAGAUGAAAGCUUCUGAAAACCCUGUUCUUCAGAAUAUUUUUACCAAACGAGAACCAGAAGAUACAAAAAGUGCAGAUUCUGACCGAGAUGUUUUUAAUGAAAAACCUUCUAAAGAAGAAGUCAUGGCAGCUACUCAAGCUGAAGGACCCAAACGAGUUUCAGACAGUGCCAUUAUCCACACGAGCAUGGGGGACAUUCAUAUCAAACUUUUUCCUGUUGAGUGCCCAAAGACAGUGGAAAACUUCUGUGUUCACAGCAGAAAUGGUUAUUAUAACGGGCAUACAUUUCAUCGUAUCAUUAAGGGCUUCAUGAUUCAGACUGGAGACCCAACAGGUACUGGUAUGGGAGGAGAAAGCAUAUGGGGAGGAGAAUUUGAAGAUGAAUUUCAUUCAACAUUAUGGCAUGACAGACCAUAUACACUCAGCAUGGCCAAUGCUGGAUCAAACAGUAAUGGAUCUCAGUUUUUCGUAACAGUAGUACCAACGCCUUGGCUUGAUAAUAAGCACACAGUAUUUGGACGAGUAACUAAAGGCAUGGAAGUUGUACAGAGGAUCUCCAAUGUCAAAGUUAAUCCCAAAACAGAUAAACCUUAUGAAGAUGUCAGCAUCAUAAAUAUUACCAUCAAAUAA